AUGUCGAAACGUCUCUAUGUUGGAAAACUACCUACAGAUGCACGCCCAGAGGACGAUGCUGAGGAUGUCGUUCGCAACUUCAACGGAAAGAAUUUCAUGGGCUCAGAAAUUAUCGUCGAGCAAGCAAAGGACAGCCGACCCAAGCGAGGAGGAUACGAGGACCGCGGGGGUGGAGGCUAUCGUGGAGACGGUGGUCACCGUGGUGAUCGUGGUGGCCCAGGCGGGGGAGGUGGUCGACCACCUCGUGUGCCUGGUAUUCGUCUCGUUGUGACGGGUGUGUCUUCGGUCACUCCCCAUUGGCUUCCCUUCCAUACCUAUGCGCAUAUCGUUGGGCGGCUGAGGAACUGCUUAUCGGGUGGACUCUUCCUACUUAUCAUGGACGCUGGCUUUGUACACACGACGCUCGAGGCUCGUCGUGUGUCAGACGGAUCUGCCAUGGCUCGGGAUCGCUUCGACCUCAAGGAUUUUGCACGUCAAGCCGGAAACGUGACCUUCGCCGACAUUGACCGCGAUGUCCCUAACCAAGGUGUGAUCGAAUAUUCGACCCGCGAAGAAGCGGACCAAGCCAUCAGAGAUUUGGAUGGCAAGGAAAUUCGUGGUACCAGCGUUCGUGUCGCGCUUGAUGACCGUCGUGGCGCUGUCGGUGGAGGUUACAGUAGGGGAUCAGACCGAUAUGGUGGCAGUGAUAGGUAUAAUGGGGGUGGAGGUGGGGGUUACCGUCGCGACCGCUCGAGGUCUCCGCGUCGGUAUGAUGAUCGUCGUCGAUACGAUGAGGAUAGGGGCGAACGCCGCCGCGAGGAUAGAUACGAAGAGAGGGACAGAGGAGAGGAACGCAGGCGUGAAGACCGUGGAGAUAGAGAGAGGAGGGAAAGGUACUAG